UCUAGAACCACAUACACGGGACGGAAAAGCAAAGCCAACAUGGCCGGAGAAAAAUUUCAAAAGAAGUAUUUAUUAUCAAUCGCCGCUUCAUUAUUGGUGGCCAUAUUAAUAUGGGAACGGACUAGCAAGGAGGACACUAACCCUCACAAAUAUAAAGAAGAAGGUGACAUUCGAGUUAUUCCUCGCUCUAAGCGUCAGAACUACGCUUACAAGCUGCAUGAUACCUACGUUAAAUUCUAUAAAGCGCUGCAAUGCUGCAAGAGGCCGCUACCAUACCUUUUACCUGAGGAUGGUCUCACGUCUUGUCCACCAGCAGAUGGCGCCAAUUCUUACACUAAUCAAAAACCGAAAAGGAACAAAAAGAAGAACCGCAAGCUAAAUAAUGCCGCCCGCACAACAAACUGGUUCAAACAAAUCUCAAACAGUCUCAAUGCGGCGCGAAAGUCUGCUAAAAAUGUUGCAGGUGGAAGACUUGGACGCCAAUCAGAGGCAGCUCAAAAGAUAUCUCUGAAGUUUGUGUGUUACAAUGACUGUGUAUUCUCCGAAGCGGGCCUUUUCAACGGCUCAGGUCUUGACGUGGCGGAAGUGGAAAGGGUUUUCCUUGAAUCGAACAAAAACGAUCAAUACUGGGCACCAAAAAUCCAAGAUUGCCUUUUCAAUUGCGAGGAACCCGCUGCUUGUGCAACCCCGGAAGCGAUACAAGUCAAUGGCAUAUUUUGCAGCGUCAAAUCAACCAUUAUGAUGAACUGCAUGUACAAGCAGCUGAUGAGGUAUUGCGAUCGGAAAGCAACCACUGAAUGCAAUUCAGCUUUUGCACAAGUCAGAAAAGUGAACGUAUUCAAGCUGCCAGGAAACUAAAUUUAACAUCAAAAUUCUACCAACAUUCGGUUUUCUGCACUUUUACCCAUCAAUUUUUUUUUGUAGAUUUUACGAUACAAAUAAAAAAAAUUAAGCUGUGAGAGAA